GGCAUGUGAAACAAACGCGCCAUAACGCAGGGGCUUGCUGUGAACAGACCGCCUCCCGCGGCCCAUCAUGCCGUCUCCUGGUCUCCUGACCCGCUGGAGCGGCCCGCGGUUCUUGUGUCUGUUAGCCGUGAGGGUGAUGGUGGUGGCAGCCACGGUCAGCAAAGGCUCUGAAAAAACAUGCAAGAUCUGGUCCAGUGCUGGAGAAGUGGUGGAACGAAACUCCAGUUUUCGGAUUUUCUGCACAUUUCCAUUCACCUGCGAGAUGGCUGUGAUGGCUGUGCAACAGCCGGCUGCGAUGGCUGUGCAACACCAUCUGAAUUCGUCCACUGUGUACAUUGACCGGGUACAGUACACUAACAGUGCAACGUAUACCUGCCAUUGCAAGCCUGGCCGCACCUCGAAAUUCUGUGGAAUCGAUAUUGUUGCAGGAUAUCCACCAGGCAAACAUGGAGCCCCGACGUGCAUAAAGAGUUAUACUGAAGUACAACAUGGUUUUGUGGAGUGUAGAUGGAAAAGUCUGACGGACACCUAUCUACCCACUACAUCUACCCUACGGGUGACGUCUCUGUCCAAAAUACCCACGGGCGUCCCCAUGGUUCUCAAAGGGUCCAGUGAGGGCCCUGGGUCGUUCAGGGCUCGCUGGUCGGUUAACAGUUCCGUCCAGAUGAUUUCCGUGGAAGUCCUGGCCUGCAAUAAGCUGGGGCGGACAGGGUCUGAAACCUAUAACUUCACUCUCAGCGACAUCGUGAAGCCCUUGCCUCCCGUUUUGAACCUAGUGGAGUGCUCCUCGAGGUCCUGUAACAUUACCUGGCGCCACUCCCUGAAGCCCCACCUACAGGUCCAGUACAGGGAUGUUGCGGAUCGGAUGGUCGCAGAGGAGGAAUGUAUACCACAUCCAGACUCAGACUGGCAGAACAGCUCAUCUGAGCUGCCCUCCGUCCAUUCUCUAGAGCCAUCCAGGCAUUACUGCUUCAGAGUCAGAGCCAAGCUGAACAGUGGACUCUGGAGCGACUGGAGCAGACCGGUCCACAACAGGACUCAGGGGGAAGGCAAAGAGUGUUGUCGUUUUGCAGCUCCCAACAAGGAACUGGACAUCUGGUUUGCCAGGGCCACUUCUCAACCGAACAUCUUGACUGUCUACUGGAAGUCACUGAAUGAAUCAGAGGCCAGAGGGAGGGUGCUGGGAUACCUAGUCCAUAUAAAUGACAAUCGCACGAGAAGCUGCACCACGCACAAUGUCAGCGCAAACGACGCACAUUUGAAAGUCCAGUCCUGUGUAACGUGCCUGGUGACGGUGUCCGCAUACAACUCCAAAGGCUCCUCCCCUCCGGCCCGCGUCCCCACCCUUUUCAAAACAGCUCAGCCCCCUCAAGAGUUGCAUUUCACGGAAAGCAAGGACAAUGUCUCCCUCUACUGGCGCAAGGCAGAUCCUACAUUGCAAUCCACUGGCUAUCUGGUUGAGUGGUAUCUGCAAGACCAGCAGUUUGAAAAGUUCCAAUGGAUGCGACUUUCCAGUGCAGAGAACCAGGCAGUAAUCACAGAGAUUGAUCCAUAUGAGUGCUAUGAUGGAGCGGUAUAUGUCUUCUAUGAAAACGCUUUGGGCAGGGCCAGUUUUACUGGUGUCAACACUCUAGUUAGAGCGCCAACAGGUGCGCCGUCGGUCACUAAGCACGGUGAGGGCCACGAGGUGACCUUGACCUGGACACAGAUUCCCCGGCAUCAACGCGGAGGCUGUGUCCGCAACUACACCGUCUACGUAGGAAACAACACGGACCCCAAGCGCAUGUACCACGUCCCUGCAUCCGAGCGUCAGUACGCCUUCGGCCGUCUGCCUCCGGACACCUACAUAGUCUGGUUGACAGCCUGGACAGAACAAGGCGAAGGACCCUGUGGUGAAAAAAUCAAGUUUAUCAUCUACCGUAAAGGGGAAACCAACCUUCUCUAUUGGCUUUUAUUGGCAACCUUCUUGUGCAUAGCUCUUCUGCUGUGCCACUUCAAGUUGAUAACAAGAUGGCAAAGGCUGAAGACGAUUCGAAUAUCACUGAAUGAUGUACCAGAUCCCAGCAAUAGCAAGUGGGCAAAGGCCUUUACAGAUAACAAGACCUUUGUUGACUCCUUGAAGAGCAAGAUGGAUCUCAACGUGAACCCCAGCGACUUCUCCUCCUCCGAAGAGGUAGACAUUGUGACGUUCUUGGAGAAUCCGAAGGAGAUCGUCGAAGACUUGGGCCACCGCGAGGGCCUCACCGACGCCUCCUCUGUCCAUCGGCCCGAUUGGGAUUCAGGGACGGCGUCGCAGACCCACUACAUCAAGAGUACAGACAGCUCCCACUACGUGCGCAGCUCUCAGGACACGGGCUACACCGCCAGCUACAUCUCCUCGCAGGCAGAGCAGAGUGUACUGGUGGAAGGGCGGGAGGAAGAGGAGGAGUGUAUAGACUUCUACUCCAGCAAGGUCUUUGAUGAACCCAUCGUGUUUGGGAGGGGGCUGACGCUUAAUGCAGUGAAAAUUGACGGCAGAAGCUUAUGGGAGAAUGAUUGCUGAAAGGUGCAACCGAUUCAAUUAUUUAUUAUUGGGAUUCUUGUAGGCAGGGUUGCAAUUUGAGACCAGGUGGGGCUUGAACCUAGACUUGGUUGCCCCGCCCAUUCUGCCGGCGAUUUCAGUUCGCCCUGCAAAAGGCCCUGAAGAAGAGCAAUAUAUUUCUUUCUGCUUCCGAUAAGUUUUUUGGGGAGCCUAUCACUGAGCCGGCUUUUCCCCUUGGCGCGCUAUUGGCUGGUUAAACACAAUGACCACAGGGAAGUGACUGAAAGCAGCCAAUCGUGUACAGAGUGAGUUGAACUAGGCCCGUUGAUCAAGCCUCUUGUGCUGAAGCAAAUUACGGCAGCUUCCCAAGGCCAACGUGAAAUCUACGAUUGAGCUUGGUCUGGCAAUAGCCAGACUAGCUUGAAUCCACACACGUGUGGACUCACAAGUGCCCUCUUGGCUGGCAUUGGGGAAAUUAUUAAGGUUAUUUUGUUGCACAUCAUUUGAAAAUAUGGAAAAUGAGUCAACGUAAUCUGCCCCUGUAUAAAUUUAGAGGCUAUGAGGUAUUUUAUUUGUCCCUGGAUUAAAGAAAAAACAGAAAGGUUAUGCAGUUACCCCUUAAUUAUCAUUAUUUUUUAAAUAGUUACAUUCUUGAAUGUUACAAUAGCGCUCUCUGAGGAAACUAUUGUGUUUGUAUAAACGUAGUAGAUGCGUUGGACUAACCGUUUGUAUGACAAACAUAACUAUAGUUAUCCUCGGAUUAUCCUCGUGGAAAAGUUGAGGGAGCUGGAUCACCAAAUUGGAAAGACAUUGUGUCCGUGUUUCCACAAACCAUGAAGUGUUGCUUUGCUUCAGCGUUGCUUUGCUUCAGCGUUGCUCUGCUUCACACCGCAGACUACAAGAAAAUAGGAAACCUGUUGAGCGUCGACCGACGUACCAACUUCUAUCGAUCCACGCCUGUAAGAUAAGCGUUCUCAUCUAAACAUGAAUCCGCCGAUUAAAUACGCCAAAUACGUCAAGAACAAUCAUAUUGAUGAACAACGGUAGUCAGUCAGAUGAGAUACAACGGUAGUUUCCCAUUGCCCUACCUGUUGCGGGGUAAGGAUACCUGUUGAAUGUCUACCAACGUAGGCUUUUUUUGUACAAAGGACCGGUGUAGGUGUGACUUCUCGUUGCCUUCCUGGUCAAUUAAAGUGAUGAAUUUGUUCAUCUUAAUUUUCACUGAAAUGCAUUAAUCAUUAAAUGCAUGAAUUAUUGAACGUUUGAUUAUUUACUGUUUAAUAAUUAUGCUCAGUCUUCCCCAUAUUAAUAAAGGACUUCAGCACUUGACUUAACACCUGACAAAAAAAAUAAAAGAGAUUGAUCUAAUCGAAUUUAAAAAUAAUUGCGUCUUUCGAUUACUUAAUUUGCUGAUUAAGAAUCACAAAACACGAUUUACAGAUAAUAUAAUGGAAGAGACCAUUAGGGUGAAAAGAUUAGUUUCAAUUCUCAUUUCUCAUUUAAACUAGGAAAGAGUAGUACUGGCUAUUGCCAGACCAAGCUCAAUCGUACACACCACACAACAUCACCCCAUGUAUUGGGCGGGGCUACCCAGCCUGAGGAAAGAGGUGACUGAUCCAAGAUGGUUAAUGACAAGGUAACUACGACGUUCAUUUGAAGUUCCAUUCCAUUGUUUGUAGCAUUAUGAUGGAUACAGUGGUGGAUGUCUAUGGUCAAAUUAGAUGAUAAAAAAUCGGGGUAUCGUUGAGACAAAUCGCUUUGAACGAUUAAGUAAAUAAGGUCCAGACUAUUUUAUUUUAGUCUGGACCUGUUUGUGCCAAUUAGCAGCAUGAAAAGUCUUCUUUUUUUUUGUGCAGGGUUUCUAGCUGUCAUCUAAUGUGGCUGAGAUCUCUGGUAUCGCGAGCCCAGCGUGCCCGGAAACAAUGUGACACAGGGCAGAGUACACACGGAAAUAUCCAAAGUUUAUUCAAAAACAUAAAGCAUAUAACACAGUUUGCAGGUGGAAAGAUUGUACCCUUUGUGUGAGAUUAUGCCCUCUGAGGUUUCGCUAAGAUAAGAUGAUGAAUGGCCCUUGAAGCUGGAGCCGGUUGCUGCUUAUCGGUAGAGUGGGAGCACGAUAUCAACCCUUCCCAUGAACAAGGAAACUCAACUGGGCCGAAACCAUGGACCUAUUAAAGGACAGCGGAUUAAAAAAUGGAGUCCAUUCAUUCCUAUGAAAGCUGCUCAAUGCAUGGACCUAUAAAGAACUCUUUACAUGUUCAACAAAUAAUUUUCACCUUCAUAUUUCAGUGUUAAAAAAUUGAAAGAAUUAAACUUAAAUAUUUUCAUUUGGAGCGAUCCGAGGUCCCUUUGCCCACGUUUGGUGUGAUGCAGGGGUGAUCUGAAGCCCAUUGUGGAAUGAGAGCGCAGAGCCGACACUAUUGAGCACUGGUUGCAACUGAAGCGGCAGCAGCCUGUAGUUCCAGUGGAAGCACGGCGUGCCUCGGGAAGAAGCGCCCGACAGCAACCUUCUUUUAAUUUGUUGCAGUUGUUGCUUUUUUCAAGUUUGUGAGAAAGGUGUGAAACCUGAACAGGAAGUUAACAGACAUCCGGUGGUUGCUGCAUCUCAAACCCCCAUACCUACAUAUCUACAAAACCCUUGUUAAAUAUCACACUUGAUCCAACGCUAAAUUCUCUCUUGCAGUUUUUAGUCUUUGAAUGUGAAAAUCUUUUGGUGUAAGCCCAGCAUUA